UCCCACCAUUGCAGGGUGUAAAUUAUAUACACCCCUUUUACAUUCACCAUUGUAGUUGCUCUUAUCUUGUAUCCUAGAAAAUUAUGUAAAUUCUUCUCAAUGAAUGAGGUUGUCAGCAAAGAAAGAAAAUAAAAACAUUAAGUGCAUCAUAAUAACUGCUGUGCACCAACCAACACUAAAUGAGCAAAACAAACCUAGCUGAAAAGCAAGCCAUGCCUGAAAACCAGAGAGCAGUUUGGCAUUAAAUUCUUGGGAGGAGCAAUGAAGAAGGUGAAGACAAUUAAUUACAGGAAACUAACUAAGUAGAGGCUUCCACGUUUCUCCUCUCAUGCAGUAGAAAUCAAAGGACUCUCUGCAAUGCUCACCUCUGGCAAGCCCUGCUGGCAUUGGCCUCUGCUGUGCUGCUUCUCAUGUAAAUCAUGAUCAUCUGUGUAGACCUCCAAUUCUGUGCUGCAAGGCCCUAAACCUCGGUUUUUUCACCUGGUUGUUGUGUGGAAGGAAAUAACAGAGAAAGAGCUAGCUGUUCAAAGUUCAAACCAGUCCAGCAGGUAGAUGUUUCAUAGAGGGGGAGGAGGAGGAAGUGGUGUUCCAAAUCACACAUAUAAUAGUCAGCUUCUGCGGGCUGCUGCUCUUCAACCUCGGGAAGAAGAAGAAGAAAAAGAAAGGAUGGUUGGUUGUGGUUUUGAUUAUUUUGGUGAUGAUGAGCAAGAUUUUCAAGGACCCCCAACUCCCACUGUCACACUGAGUGAUGACAGUGUUGUUGUUGAGGGUGAAGAGGAGGAGGAGGAGGAAGAGGAAGAAGAAGAAGAAGAAGAGAACCUUUCUCAUGAUCUUCAAACACCUUCGGUUCUGAGUUCGAACUUCAAACCUCGCCUUCGAUGGACUCCUCACCUUCAUGCCUGCUUUGUUGAUGCUAUCAAUCAGCUUGGUGGCCCCCAUAAGGCAACUCCGAAAAAGCUUCUGCAGAAAAUGGGUGUCAAGGGAAUAACUCUUUACCACUUGAAGAGCCACCUCCAGAAAUACAGACUUGGAAAGUACUCGGUGAAGGAGUGGAAGGAGGUUCCGGAAACUUUUUCACAGGACUUCGAAGGCAGAAGCGUUAGUGGCACUUCCGUGUGCUCUUCGCGAUCCCAGAAAAAGCAUUCUUCUAAACUAAUAAAGAAAGCUCUAACCCAGACGGAAGUUGAAGAAAAACUUGGUCUGCAAAUUGAGGCAAGUUUUCAAGUUUGGAAAUUGAUUUGGGAACUUAAGCUGAUAAAUAUGAACCUUGUUCUCUAUUCUUUAGUUUUUUGGUGGCAUGUUGCAAGAAAAACACAAAGGGGUAAAGUACCUGAUGAAACUUAUCCUCACCACACCAUAAUUUUGCAGGCUGAGAAGCGAUUAAAAUUGCGUCAGGAUGCCGAACGAAGAUAUAUGGAUUAUGCACUAGAUAAUGCAUGUAAAAAGCUUGCUGAUCAGUUUCUUGGAAGUGUUGCAGUAGACUCUGCAGGCGUAUUUCGAAAGGAUGUAGCUGGUUUAGGAACUAUGGUGUCAAUAAUACCUCAGAAAGAUCAAUUCCUUGCAUAUGACAUAACUAAGGAAACCAGCAUGCUGCUUAGUCUUGAAGACCAACUUGGUGGGUUUGAAGCUCAGAGGGAAGCUUAUCACGAAACUGAAGACCACCUGAUCUCACAUGGAAAUUCAGAAAAUUCAUCUGUGGAAGAUUUACAAAUUCUUGCUGACGAUGACAAGAUAAUGGAGCAGAGUUUGGAUAAUGACCCUGCAGAAGCUUACUUGGUUUUGGAUACUGCUGAAAUGGGGACCUCCAGUCAUAGAACUUAAUUUCAUCAACCCACAUCAACAUGGUGUGCUAAGGCACUCUGGAUGAAAGAACAAAACCACCUUUAUGUUGUUUGCUAGUGGAGUUUCAUAAUUUAAGAUUUUUGUUCUGGUAUAAAACUUUGGCAGCUUAGUUCUGCUUGU